GCCAAGCCCAAACAAAGGACAGUUGCCAGUGGUGUCAGGAGCUCUCUCUACAAGGCGAUGCGGGGGGAUAUGCCUGAUCCUGAUGUUUUGAAAGUGACAGAAGCAUAUGAAGGCUUUUCACCUGACAUAGCACCCCUUAUUACCACCAUGUCCAUCAGUGCUGGUGUCCCGCUGGUCGAGUCAGCUUUGGGAAAUGUUCAGGAGGGCAGCCUGAUCUCUUACCAGCAGCCAGUGCCAGCGAGCCGCAUCAUUUUACUCCACACUGGAGCUCCUACACCACCACCUCUGCCUUUGGAUGGCUACAGAUUGGAGCCCACUUGUUGCCAGUUUGUAUGCAGUCUCCACCAGCAACUGCAUCUGCAAUCUAUACUGACCAACUUGGAAAUGGCAAGGGCAAUAGAAGUGGCAACAAGGGACCAGAGUAUGUCUGUGGAGUGGCAUCGGGUCAGAAAGAUGAGAUUAACAUCUUCUCACUUUAGGGAGGUUUGUCAUGUUCGUGGUCAGACAUCAGCAGAACAUCUCGCUGAAAGACUGCUCAGGGGUGUGGCCCAAACAUCGGUCAUGAAAAGAGGUCUGGCAUUAGAGCCACAGGCCAUUCAAGAGUACUGUAAAGUGAAGAACAACAGCUACUGGCCUUGUGGCUUCGCCAUACACCCUGAUGCCCCCUGGUUAGGGUCUUCUCCCGAUGGUGUUGUUUUUGACCCCACAGACAACCCACCCUUUGGCCUGUUGGAGGUCCAAUGCCCCAAUGUUAGGAGUUACGUUGACUGCAAAUACCUGAAGCUCCACAAUGACUCCAUGAAGCUAGAAAAGCAACACAGCUACUACUGGCAGGUCCAAGGGCAACUCCUGCUGACAGGUCUGGACUGGUGUGACUUUGUUGUUUUUGCAGAGGAGGACAUGGUCAUCCAAAGGAUCUACAGGGACCCAGAGGUGGCUGCAGUCAUCAGGGAGAAGGGGGCUUUUUUCUUUUUCUACUUUUACUUAUCAUGCUCCAUGAAAACUUGA